AUUUUUAAUGUAGUAACGCGCCCACACGUCGAAGGUGUGCGUGCAGUGUCAUAAAAACCAAACACACUUCUUCCUUUCUCGAAGUACGAUUCGGUUCGGUUUCUCGUGAGAAUCUGCGUUUAGAAAUCAAUCACGAUCACAAUCUCUCUUCCCCGGAACUACAAAGACCAAUAUUCAUGGCGAUAAGGUCAGUAAAAGUUGGGAAUCUCUCCUCAGGAGCAACGGAGCAUGAUAUCAAAGAGUUCUUCUCUUUCUCUGGUGAAGUUGAAACCAUUGACAUCCAAUUCAGUAACGAGCAUAGUGCUUAUGUCACAUUCAAAGAUCCUCAAGGAGCUGAGACCGCUGUGCUCUUAUCCGGUGCGAGUAUUGCCGAUCAAUCAGUCAUCAUCGAGAUGGCUCCUGACUACACUCCACCUGCUGCCCCUCAUACUGAAACACAAAGCGGUGGUGUCGGAGGCGCUGCAGAAUCAGUUGUCCAGAAGGCAGAGGAUGUAGUGAGCAGCAUGUUAGCAAAGGGUUUCAUCCUCGGGAAAGACGCGGUCGGCAAAGCAAAAGCUUUUGACGAGAAACUCGGUUUCACUUCAACAGCAACCGCAGGAGUCGCUUCCAUAGACCAAAAAAUCGGCCUAAGCCAAAAAUUCACAGCUGGUACGAGCUUGGUGAACGACAAGAUCAAAGAGGUGGACCAGAGCUUCCAGGUCACGGAGAGGACCAAGUCUGCCUUUGCCUCUGCGGAACAGACGGUGAGCAGCGCGGGAACCGCCGUGAUGAAGAACCGGUAUGUGUUGACCGGUGUGAGCUGGGCCGCAGGAGCGUUCAGCAGAGUUGCUAAAGCCGCUGGAGAGGUUAGUCAGAAAACAAAAGAAAAGGUUGAAGCUGAGCAACCGCCACCGUCACCACAACCGUCAGAGUCGUCGCAGCAGCAACCACCGGAAGGGUAUGCUCCGAUUCAUUAGUCUGAAUACUCCAAGAACUAAAUCUCAUUACACUGAAAAGGUUUCGUUUUUGUAUACUUUUUUUCUGGUUGGUUUCUUUGAUAUGAAAAAAAUGUGAACUUGGUUUUAUGUCUUUUGGAUGUAACAUAAAAUGUAUGUUUGGAUCUUCUCUAUUAUUACUAACAUAAAAGCUAAGCUGUGCAUGAAAUUAAAA